AUGCGGAUCAUCGUACCACUCCAAGGCAUCGUCCAAGGCAGAGGAGGCCUAAUCCUCGGCUCUCUAAUCCCCUGUGCACUCUUGUACUUCCUCCAGUUCUACCUCAAGCGCAACCGCUCCUCUCCACCUCCCCAUUCUCCUUCCGAAUCUUCCGCUAAUCUCCCAGAGCUUGCUGAAAUCCCAAGGAGCACUUCCCGUAGCACUCUGUCCACUCGAGGAUCCUUACGUCCCGUGCCGGUUUCAUCGCGGGCCAUCGCCAUAUCCAAAUCCCGCGAUUCUGCUUACUACACCGGUUUGAAGAAGUCUUUGGAGGAUCCAUAUCAUCCAACUUAUAAUCCUGAUGGAAUCAUUCAGCUUGGGUUGGCGGAGAACCAGCUUUCCUUGGAUAUUAUCGGAGACUGGAUCACGGCUAACCUACAGAAAUCUUUGCUUGGUGAGAUGCGGGGGGAUUUGAACAUUAGGGGCUUGGCUACAUAUGAGCCCUUCGAUGGAUUGUGGGAUUUGAAAGUUGCAAUGGCUGGGUUCAUGAGUCAAAUCAUGGGAGGAUCUGUUUCAUUCAAUCCAGCCCAAAUCAUAUUAACAGCUGGUGCAACUCCUGCUGUUGAGGCACUUAGCUUCUGUCUUGCAGACCCUGGAAAUGCGUUCCUCGUUCCUUCUCCAUAUUAUCCAGGAUUUGAUCGGGAUAUAAAGUUACGGACUGGCGUUGAGCUAAUACCAGUUCAGUGCCGAAGCUCUAACAAGUUCAAUUUAAGUAUAGCUGCACUUGAAAGGGAAUACAAACAGGCAAAAAAGAGAGGAAUAAAAGUCCGUGCUGUUCUUUUCACCAACCCUUCUAAUCCUGUAGGCGGUCUAAUGCAUCGGGAAACACUAUAUGAUCUCCUAAACUUUGUUACAGAGAAAAACCUCCAUCUGAUUUCUGAUGAAGUAUAUGCUGGAUCAAUCUAUGGAACUGAGGAAUUUGUGAGCAUAGCUGAGCUUCUGGACACGGAGGAUUUUGACAAGAAUAGGGUUCAUAUAAUAUACGGACUGUCUAAGGAUCUCUCUCUUCCAGGAUUUAGGGUGGGAGUAAUCUACUCCUAUAAUGAAAAUGUCAUUGCAGCAGCUUCGAAGUUAGCAAGGUUCUGUGCCAUUUCUCUGCCCACUCAAUGCCUGCUUGUUUCAAUGCUUUCGGAUACUAAAUUUAUCGAGGAAUAUAUUAAAGCAAAUAGAGAGAGACUUGGGAAAAUGUAUGCACUUUUUACAGAGGGGCUAAAGCAGCUUGAUAUUGAGUGUUGUAAGAGUAGCGGGGGAUUCUACUGUUGGGCAGACAUGAGUAAGUUUCUACAGUCUUACGGUGUGAAAGGUGAGCUUGAGCUUUGGGAAAACAUUCUGAAUGUGGCCAAAGUUAAUAUCACUCCAGGAUCCUCAUGCCACUGUAUUGAACCUGGCUGGUUUAGGUGCUGCUUUACAACACUGACUGAAAGUGAUAUUCCUUUGGUUAUGAAACGAUUUAGUAAAGUUCUGAAAGGCCACAAAGCCAGUUAAUGAAAUGAGAAGUCACAUUUGAGAUUCAUUCAUUAAUGUCUGAUAUAUUUGAAGUAGUUUACAAAAGAGAAAGGAAGGGAAGGAGUUGACAUAUAGCAGGCUUGUAGUAGGUCUUUUCAUGACUUAAAUUAACAAAUGUUACCAUUCAAACAAAUGCUACAGAAAGCUCUCUAGGCAUUCACAUUUAAGUAUUCCAUCAUAGUCCCCAGGGCUAGAUGCGACUGCUGCCCUAUUUUAGAUGAACAGAUUGCUUUUUUUGGGCGUUUGUUCUGAAGGAAAAGCAUUCAAAAGGGCCCCUCCAGGUGAAAUCCUGCAACACAAUUUUUUUUAUCAUUAGUAAAUUUGUUGCGUCUUCCUUUUGAUGGAGAUCUAGCAUAUUUACUUAAAUUUUUGGCAUAUGAAGAUGAGAACAGCAAUUUUUCUUUAUCUGUAUAAUAUGUUUCUUUAUCUCUUACUCUGUCUGACCUGAACUGGUUUGAAUAAAUGUUCAUAAAAUCUAAGUGUUCUGUGGGAUACUUUGGUAGCAUGAAGGUUU